AUGAAAAGGAUGAUUAUUACAAAAAACUUAAAAGGCGCAGUGUUGGUUUGUGGUGAAAGCGCGUAUAAUACGAACAAUGGAAUGGGAAAACCUGUUACAAAAAAAAAGAACCUUAGCAAUAUAAAUCCCACCAAAAUUCCAAUGUGGAAUGUUCUCAGCACCCUUAAGAAAACUGAUGUAAAUAACCUACUAGUUGCUCAUUAUGGAGAAGAGUGGAAAAAUGAUUCCGUUUUAUUUUUUUACAAAUUUGCCUUAGAGGGGGAUGCAAUACCAGAUAAUGCUGUUGAGGAAGUCCCAUUAUGCGAACAUGUUGUAGAAGAAGAAAUCAACGUUGCAGUUUAAUUCAACCAUUUUUGAAAUAUUUUUUUAUUUUUAAAAUAUUUCCAUACUUUGUGAUGUUUUUGAUUAUUGCUAUUUAGAAUAAUUUCUUACCUACUUUUUAAGUGUUAAACUAAAUAAAAAAGAAUAAAUAAAACAUCUAAUACCUUGAAGUUAUUUUCAAAUCGAGCAAUCUCCAAUGGUUAGCUUCAUACUACACAAUCUUCAACAGUUUUUUCAAAUAUCUUCCUUUUUUUGUCAUUUUAAGAAAAAAAACGGGUAAAUGACCUUUGCAUAAUAAUAUAAGUAGGUUAAAAAAAUUAGUACGGAGAAAAACCGCUUUUUUAUUAAGUUAUUAAUUUUUUCCGUUUUCUGAAAAUUUGCCAAACAUGGAGAUUGCACACUUUGAAAUUAUACCCCUCAUAUAUU